UAAUAACAAAAAGAAGUCAGCUGUAGCUGUCAAAAAUGAAAGCAAAAUAAAACUGUUUUAAAUUUUUGCACAAUAAUUGCUAAAAAUCAAAUCUGUUCUAAAUCCGAAAAUGUGUCACAUGUAAUUGUUAUGUAAAUAAUUAUGUUUUAUGAAAAAAAUAAUAAUUUUAUUUAAAAUAACAGUGUAAUGCUCGUAAACUUUAACUAAUAACAAAUAUAACCUCAAAACACAUGUACGGUAAAAGUGUACUUAGAUGCCGAGUAGUUAGUUACAUUAGUUUAAGACAUUACAAGAAAAACAAUACUAAGAAGCUAUUGGAAUUUCUAGCCGAAAUGCCGAAAGUGAAUACUCCGAGAAUAUCAGACGCUCAGCGCCAAAGACAACAUAUAUCUAAAAAGUCUGAAAAAUAUGGCCCUAGCACAGUAUAUCUUCAGGUUAUAGGGUCAGGAGCCCGUGGUGCUCCCAAUACUCUGUACCUUUUCACUGACCAGAAACGUUACCUGUUCAACUGUGGUGAAUGCACCCAGCGUCUUGCUCAUGAGCACAAAGUGAAGCUGUCACGGCUGGAACAUGUAUUUGUGACCAGCAAAACAUGGCGUAACAUUGGAGGGCUACCAGGCUUGUCCCUUACACUGCAGGAUGUUGGUGUACCCAACAUUACAUUACAUGGUCCUGAGGGAUUAGAUGAACUGUACAGUGCUACAAAAAGGUUUGUCAUAAUGAAAGAGAUGAAUGUAACAAUGGCCAAGUGCAGUCCCAGUGAAGACUUCGAGGACAAUGUUAUGACUGUGAAAUAUGUAUUAUUAGGACCCCAUGAUAGUCUAUUAGGUAAAGAAAUGAAACCGGCAGCAAAAAAACCCAAACUGGACAAAUCUGCAGACAAGGAAUUUGAAGAAUUUACUCGCGAUGACACAGACUACUACAGAAAUGACACACAGAACCAUGAUUCAGAUAAAACUAACAGAACAAAAGAGAAACCCAAAGUGAAAGAUAACUUAGAGAAAGAUGCGGUGAUGAAGAAAACAGAAAAAGUAUUGCAACAAGUACAGAGAAAGAGCCACUGCUCUGUUGCAUAUAUUUGUACUUUAAAGAAACGUCUAGGCACUCUGGACCUGGCGAAGUGCGUGGAGUUCGGCGUGAAGCCGGGUCCGUUGCUCGGUCAGCUGAAGAAUGGGCAGGACGUCGUGCUGCCGGACGGCACGCUCGUGCUCAGCAAAGAUGUGAAGACGCCCGACGACCCCGGUCCUGUCUUCAUUGUGUUGGAGGUGCCAGAGCUGUCAUACUUGAAGGAGUCGGAGUUCUCGGCGCAUUUCGAUAACGGCACCAACCCGCCGGAGAAUAUCCCGCGUCUCGUCGUGCACUACACGCCGCCGCACGUGUUCAACCAUCCCACUUACCGCGCAUUCAUGGCGAUGUUCGGUCCCACCACGAGCCAUCUAGUGCUAAACACGCAGAACUCGUGCCUAGGCUCGGAGGCGGUGCACCGCACUCAGCACAAGCUGCACCUACUGGACCCGGACAUCUUCCCUCUGUUACGAGAUGCCAGCGUGCCCGCCGUCUGGAACGCACAUCCGCCGCUACCGAACACCGAUAGUCCCACACGUUUGAAGGGACUCGAGGAGCUUAAGAAUAAGAUUGCCCUCGCGCAGUUCCAGAAUAUAAUAAACAUGGAGGGCUCGUGUAAGGGCGACGGGGAACACUCCGUCGGCCACGACGAUGACAACAAGUUAGAAAUAAUUGCUGGCCGCACACUCACCGUGUUCCACUUGAGACCGAAGAAGUCACUCGACAGGUCUUUGGAACCGAAGCUGCACAUCCAGGACUAUAUCCAAGAGACAAUGGACGUGGACGGGUUUGUGGGUAGCCUGGAGCACUUUAGGCAGCAGGUGGACAGCAUGAGAUACGUCAAGGGCAACGCGAAGGAGUACCCCAAGGUGGUGUUCCUCGGCACCGGCUCCUGCAUACCGAGCAAGACGAGGAAUACCAGUGCUAUCGUUGUCCAGAUUGAUGAGAACCGUUCAAUCCUGAUGGAUUGCGGUGAAGGCACAUACGGCCAGCUGGUUCGAUUCUAUGGGCCGAAGCGUGUCGACGCAUUCUUGAGAACGCUGAAGGCUAUUUACGUGUCACAUCUACACGCUGACCAUCACAUUGGUUUGAUAGGCGUGCUGCAAGCAAGGAGGCAAGCGUUCGAGGAUGUGAAUACGGAGCAGGUGGAGCCGGUGUACCUGCUGGCGCCUGGGCAGAUCGUAACCUGGCUGUCACUGUACGAUCAACAGUUCGAGCGGAUACGGCCCGACUUCACGCUCAUACCCAACCAAACCUUGAUACAAGACGCUGUAAAUCGGAACAAUGAGAUGACAUCAGCCGUGCUGGCCAACAUCGGCGUGCAGCAGAUCCGGACGUGCUUCGUGUCCCACUGUCCCAACGCAUUCGGGGUAGCUGUCGACAUAGACGGCCAACACAAGGUCACGUACUCCGGAGACACUAUACCAUGUGAUGAACUUGUUAAGAUAGGCGAGGACUCGACGCUGCUGAUCCACGAGGCGACGAUGGAGGACGAGCUAGCGGAGGAGGCGCGUAUCAAGAUGCACUCGACGACGUCGCAGGCCAUCGAGGCCGGCCGCCGCAUGCGUGCCAAGUACACGCUGCUCACGCACUUCUCGCAGCGGUACGCGCGCCUGCCGCGCCUCAACCACCACAUACUCAACGAUAACCACACUGUCGGCAUCGCCUUCGACAAUAUGCAGAUUACAAUGAGCGAUAUGGAGCUACUGCCGCACAUGUACGCCCCACUACAGCUGAUGUUCGCCGAGCACUGCGUGGAGAUGGAGUUGAAGGCGGCCCACCGCGCGCGGCAUCGCGACCGCCCCUCCCCGCCCGCUUCACCUGCCACCUCCCCCGCCGCAAAGUGCAGUGUCCAAUGCCGCAGAGUAUCCGCGUGGGCGGCGGCGGCUGCUUGCCGCGGCACGGAAUCCUCGCCGCCGCGUACGCACGUGCGCUACAGGGAGAGCAAUGCUUCUAGACUAAGACAAGAAUUAAAAGGCAUGGCGAUCACAGGUCUAGUGAGACGGCCGCGUAGCGACUCUUCGUCGCCCAUGAAGACACAGCCGAGCACGCCUAGUCGAACUACGAGUAAGACAUCAAAUGCGAGCAGAGAACAUUCUAAUCGGAGUAAAGUAACAUCAAAUAUCCCGUCAGGAUAUGUCAUAGAUAGUCGUUCGAAAACAAUAAAUACUGAAUGUCGUGGUCCCUCCAGAGACAAGGUUUCAAAUGGAACCGUCAACGGUUAUGGAAAACCUUUGGUGACGUCACUCAAUAAAAAGCUUACCAUCAUGAGAGAUACGCCAAGAGCUGUGAACGCAAGUAUCAGCGAUAAGAAAAGUCCAGUAAAUCGACGCAGAUCUCCCAUUAAAUCCUGGAGAGUAAGUCUUCCUAGAGUAGACAUUGUGAGGAGCGUACUUUUGCACUUGAUAUAUUGGAGGUUGGCGCGCAUCGUGUCCGCCCUGUUCCCGGGACAGUCGCUCCUACUGUUUACAAUAAUUGCUGUUGGUGUUUUGUUUUGGACAGCUGCUAAGGGCACCGCAUUUAAGGACAAGUCGCCGAGUUACCUUACUAGACCCAAUGCAAAUCAACCAAAACCGGGUGUAAAGAGUUUGAUGGAGAAAGCACCGGUGCCGAGCAAACCAACAAGAACACAGUCACCGUCUCUCAACAGAUGCAGUAAUAGUUCAAGUCGGCAGGUCAAAUCGACAGAUGACAAACAAGAUUCAAGAGGAUCUACAUCGUAUAGCAAGAUGAAGACAACGAAGCUGUCUUAUCAGAAAAACUGUAUUUCAGAAUUAAAUCAGAAACAACCGAACAAAUCCACGGUGAAAGUGCCAGUAAAAACAGAUUCAAACAAAGAGUCGCCAUGUAUGAAGCGUUUAUACCCCGAUCGCAGAGACCGGAUUCGGCCCAAAGAAAAAUUUGAAGCACCUAAGAACGAAUCAGUGCUACUCCGCGAUAUACUCACGGAGCUUAAGCAACCGUUGUACAAAGAUUUACCUUCCAUGGGAAGGGUCGGCUCUGGAAUUUGUAGUAACAGAAGUUUCAAGCCGCAACUGGAGGACAUAAAAAGUUCUUAUUUACUAUUAAACCAAAAGGGACAAGAUGAAAAAGCUAAGGCUAAUGUGAAUCAGAAAAAACUUAAAGAAGUUUCUAUAGGAACAAAAACAUUUAUGGAGGAUCAAAGAAGAAAACAGCUAACAGAAGUAAAGCAGAAAUUUCAGAGCCAACAGUUCUGGGAUGACUCAAGAUAUGAAAAAAUUGAAGGUUUAAACUGGAUCUCAUGGUAAUAAAUUUCAAUAAAUUAAUAAAGUUUUGUAUAUUAUUUAUUAUAAAUUUAAAAUUAAAGUAACACUGCUGUUGUGUCUAAUGUUAAAGUUUAGGAG